AUGUCUUAUCCCGGAAACAAUCACUACAACUAUCAAGGCCAGGGCCAGAACGGUGGUGGCUACGGCGGCGGCUACGGCGGCGGCCCUGGUGGCUUCGGCGGACCUCCUCCCGGACCUCCCCCUGGCGGAUUCGGUGGCCCUCCACCUGGACCGCCCCCCGGAUUCCAGGGGGGUUAUGGCGGAGGUUACGGCCAGCAGCAGGGAGGCUACGGCGGCCAGCAGGGUGGAUAUAACCAGCAAGGAGGAUACGGCGGCCAGCAGGGUGGCUACGGCGGUCAGCAGGGCGGAUAUGGCCAGCAGCAGGGUGGCUACGGCGGCCAGCAGCAACAGCAGCAUCAACAGCAGCAGCAGGGCGGACACAGCAGCGGCUACGGCGCCGCGGCCGCUGUCGCUGGUGCUGCCAUGGUCGCUGGCGCGGGCUACAACUCUUCGCAGAGCAGCGGCGGACGCGGCAAUUACAACUCGCCCGAGCACAUGAACCAGAUCCCGACCGGGAUGCAGCAGUUUGGCUCUGGCGCCCCGAAUCAGUAUUCUUACCAGUACUCCAACUGCAGCGGCCGACGGAAGGCGCUGCUGAUUGGUAUUAACUACAUUGGUACCAAGAGUGCGUUGAGAGGAUGUAUCAACGACGUCAACAACAUCAGAAACUUUUUGCUGAAUAACGGAUACAAGUCUGAGGAUAUGGUCGUGCUCACCGACGACCAGCAGAACCAGCGAUCGAUCCCCACCAAAGCCAACAUGAUUGCCGCCAUGCAGUGGCUAGUCAAGGGCGCUCAGCCGAACGACUCGCUUUUCUUCCAUUACUCUGGUCACGGUGGCCAGACCGAGGAUUUGAACGGCGACGAGGAGGACGGUUUUGAUGAGGUUAUCUAUCCUCUUGAUUUCCAGACCGCCGGCCACAUCAUCGAUGAUGACCUUCACUCCAUCAUGGUCACACCGCUUACAGCAGGUGUUCGCCUCACCGCGAUCUUUGACAGUUGCCACUCCGGUACCGUCCUCGACCUGCCCUACGUCUACUCGACCCAGGGAGUCAUCAAGGAGCCCAAUCUCGCCAAGGAAGCCGGCCAAGGCCUGCUCUCUGCUUUCAGCUCCUACUCCCGCGGCGACCUGUCCGGCGCGAUCAGCACCAUCACCGGCAUCGUCAAGCAGGCCACCAACGGCGGCGGCAACAAGGCCAGCGAGCUCACCCGCCGCACAAAGACCAGUCCCGCGGACGUCAUCACCUUCUCGGGAUGCAAGGACUCGCAGACCUCGGCCGACGCCAGCGAGGCCGGAAAGGCUACCGGCGCGAUGUCGUACGCGUUCAUCGAGGUUAUGGGAUCGAACCCGAACCAGAGCUACCUGUCGCUGCUGCAAAACAUGAGACAGUUGAUGGCGGCAAAGUAUUCUCAAAAGCCCCAGCUGAGCGCGUCUCAUCCUAUUGACGUCAACCUCAAGUUCAUCUUCUAA